AUGUCUGCGAUCGAGGAGAAGGAGCAGACUGCAUCAUCAGCUGUCGUCGGCGGUGACUUGAUUGAUCCGCUCACUGAUCCAUCUAGAACGAAAACCCCAUCCUCGUCAUCCAAAAGAGCACGCAAACCCAAACGCAAUGUCGCCGAUAAUAACAAUACCAAACGAAAACCUUCCGCCCUUUGGCCGGAGGUAUUUAAACAACUCUCGCAAACGCAUCGUGCGCUGAAUUUGGUAUAUACGUUUUGUUGUACUCGGAAACAUCUCGCGACUACGUUUGAGACUAUCAAGACGACUGUCCAGGCUCAGAUGGGUGGGAGGGAGUUGACGGUUGAGGAUGUUGCGAGAAUCAAGGUGUUGAUUCCGAGGGCUGUGAGGUUUGAGUUUGUUGAUGAGGGUGUUCUUGAGGUGUUAGGUGUUGGGGAUGAUACUACUAAAGAAGGUGGGGGGAAGAGGGAUGAAUAUAAAUUGAUGAAUGUGAAAAGUGCGAGUUUGGGCGGGGGAUUCAUUCCUGAGGAGCAUAUUGCACCUACUACUUUGGGUGAUGCUAUGGAGGAUGGUCCACCCGAAACGAAGGAUGUAUUGCUAUUUGAGUUUGUGGAUGAAGAUCUCAGACGACAGGUACAGCAUAGCAAAACCGGUGAACCGACGCGACCUACCAAACGACUUCGAAACGAUGAGCUGAAACUGCCCGUUUACAGUCAGAAGCAGAUGCUCAAUUUGAUCGAGAAACGAAACAAGAAAUUCUCGGACGCUAUUGAUGCGUUUUUGGUCAAGUGUGAGGAUGAAGGCACAGAUCCCGUGGAGCACUUGGAGAGUGAAAAAGUCAUACCCUUGCCACCGGCGAGGGAAGAACAACAUACCCAAAACGGUGCAAGAGGAAGAAAACUGCCAGAUGAGAUACCAAAAGAACGCAAACCUAUCGCCGAGAUUAUCACCGAUAUCAAGAAAAUGGAUUGGUAUACAGCUCAGAUUGUCCCCGAUGGUCACAGAGUGUUUGAUCCUCAGCCGGCGGUGUAUGGGGAUCUGCACUUUCGGCUUUCGCAGAAUCUGGUUAAUGCGCUCUAUAAUGUUAAAGGGAUUACUCGGUUUUAUUCGCAUCAAGCGGAAGCCAUAAAUAAUUUAUAUGACGGUCAUCAUGUUAUUGUUUCGACGUCGACGAGUUCGGGGAAGUCGUUGAUCUAUCAAGUUCCCAUGCUUCAUGAACUUGAGAGAGAUCCGAAUAGUAGGGGGAUUUAUAUUUUUCCUACUAAAGCCCUUGCGCAAGACCAGCGACGGAGUAUGAAAGAGUUGCUUAAUUUCAUGGAAGGGCUGGACCACGUUAUUGUCGAGACGUUUGAUGGAGAUACGCCUAUGAACGAGCGAAACACUAUCCGUGACGAAGGCCGAAUAAUCUUCACAAACCCGGAUAUGUUGCACGUUACUAUCCUUCCGCAAGAAGGUUCGUGGCGGACAUUCUUGCAAAAUCUUAAAUUUGUGGUUGUUGAUGAACUACAUGCGUAUAAUGGUCUGUUUGGAUCUCAUGUCGCUUUUGUCAUGCGACGAUUGAGAAGGAUAUGUGCUGCUGUGGGUAAUCGGCGUGUUAGGUUUAUUAGCUGUUCGGCGACAGUCGCCAACCCCGAGGAACAUAUGAAGACUAUUUUCGGAGUGGAUGAUGUUCGAUUAACUGACUUUGACGGUUCGCCUGCUGGGCGUAAGGAGUUUAUAUGUUGGAAUACGCCGUUUAAAGAUCCGCAUGAUCCUACCUCAGGGCGAGGCGAUAGUAUUGCUGAAGCAGCUCGGUUGUUCUGCCAGCUCGUUCUGCGCGGAGUUAGGGUUAUCCUGUUCUGCAGGAUAAGAAAGCAAUGCGAGAUAGUCCUCGCAGCAGUUCGCACUGAAUUUCAGACCCUGGAAAGACCGGAAGUAGCGAACCUCGUCAUGGGUUAUCGUGGUGGCUACAGUCCACAGGACCGCCGUCAAAUCGAAAAGGAAAUGUUUGACGGAAAACUGAUGGGAGUUGUUGCUACGAAUGCACUCGAACUGGGUGUUGAUAUUGGCUCCUUGGACGCGGUGAUAACGUUGGGGUUCCCCUUUUCAAUAUCAAAUCUACGACAACAAAGUGGACGAGCUGGUCGGCGAAACAAGGAUUCAUUAUCUGUCCUGAUCGGAGAUGGAUUUCCGACCGAUCAGCACUACAUGAGUAAUCCAGAUGAGAUAUUCACCAAACCGAAUUGCGAGUUACAGGUUGAUCUGACUAAUGAACUUGUGCUGGAAGGCCACGUUCAAUGCGCCGCGUUUGAAAUGCCUCUCAAACCAGAGGAGGAUAAAGCCUACUUUGGCGAGCAACUUGAAGAAUUCGCAUCUACGCGUCUUAUCAAAGAUGCUCUGGGAUACUAUCACUGCAAUGAACGGUUUCGGCCAAAGCCGUCAGAUUUCGUGUCUCUUCGAGACAUGGAAGGCAGUUCCUUUGCAGUUGUCGAUACUACGCACAAUCGAAACAUUGUCCUCGAAGAAGUCGAAACGUCACGAGCAUUUUUCACCAUCUACGAAGGCGGAAUAUUCAUGCACCAGGGCCAAACGUACAUAGUCCGUGAACUUAACCCUGAGAAACGUCUCGCGCGUGUCGUUCAGGUCCAAGUAGACUGGAACACCCAACAACGCGACUACACAGAUAUUGACCCUAUCGAGACCGAAGCCAUCCGCCACAUUGGCCCUUCUGCACGAGCAUACUACGGCAUAAUCCAGAUCCAUGCCGUCGUCUACGGAUUCUUCAAAAUCGAUAAACGCGGUCGUGUCCUCGAUGCAGUUCAAGUAGAUAAUCCGCCCAUUGACACGUUUACGAAGGGGAUGUGGCUCGAUGUUCCGAAACGAGCAUUUGAGAUCUUGGAAUCGAGGAGACUCAAUAUCGCGGCUGCUAUACAUGCCGCUGAGCAUGCAGUCCUCUCAUUAUUUCCAACGUUCGUAAUCUCAUUACCGGGUGAUGUGCGCACGGAAUGUAAAGUCGCUAAAAAGGAGUUGGGCAAGAACCUCAAACGAGCUAAUGAAGCCAUCUCCUCAUCUUCCAGGAAGGAAGUCAACACAACACUCCAUCUCCGCAUUCAAACCUCAUCAACCCGCUCAACCACCGUCUCCAAACCAUCCCUCGCAGAUAAAUCAAAAUAUAUACUAGAACCACCCAGACGUCAACGACCGGCCCGUCUAACCUUCUACGACACCAAAGGCGGCCCCUCAGGCUCCGGCAUCGCCCUCAAAGCCUUCGAAUUCAUCGACUCUUUACUCUCACGCGCAAUCCGUCGCAUCGAAGCAUGUGCCUGCAUCACUCCACAGGGAUGUAUAGAAUGUGUCUGUGACGAACGCUGUAAAGAACGGAAUGUAGUCAUGAGUAAAGCCGGUGCUGUGGUGGUGUUGAAAUGUUUGUUGGGUAGAGAAAGUGAGAUUGAUAUUGAUGCUUUGCCUUGGGGGGAGGAAUACGAUGUUUCUGAUGCGACGUAUCUUCAUGCUGGGGAAGGGGAGAUUGUGGGUGGGUAUGAGACUGUUGUGUUGGCGAGAGAGGUUAGGGUUAAGGAUGGUGUUCGGAUUUAUCCUUGA